UGCCAGGCGUCGAUUCCAGUACACAAAUUUACAUAUCAUAACGACAAGAGAAGCGAAUAUAACGCGGUUACGGGAUUGUCGGAGAGCUUUCGAAAGCGUGUGUUCGUUUUCGUUAAAGUGUGGUUCGAGAAAUAUUUCUCUGGAUGAGAAACGGCGGCUAAAAAUCCCCGUAUCUUUGUGGGCAACAUGAUAUGAAAAGGAAGUGACGUCGUAAGGGUGGGCUUCGAAGCAAAGUGUGAGUGAUACUUCAGCGAAGUUGUCUGUUUGCCGUCCUUAAAUAUCGCCGCCGCAAUCCGAUAACGCCGUAUGACAGUGCUGUGUGCCAAGCCGACGUGGUAUUUCGUAAGAUUUUCUCCAUGUUGAUAGCUCUCAGCGAACGAUUUUUGAGGGACGUUCUCGAUGGAUCGCCACCUACGUUCAUCUACGUCAAGUGUGAAUGGCGACGGUCACUGUUAUUACGACAAUGAAUCGAGUUACCAAGAUACAGGCGUCUACGAUUGUGAUGGCAAUAUGUUGCCAGACUUACUGGAUUCUCAAAUAGACAGUUCCCUAAAAGGAUUGGACAUGGGUGCCAUAAAGAAAAACUCUUACGAUCGAACUCGAGCUGCGAUGGCGGCAAUAAAUCCAAUGCUAGCGAAAAAAGUGUUACCUCUGCCAAAUGAAGUGACAGUAGAGGAAGCCGCAGCAAUUAGUAUUCAAGCUUAUUUUAGAGGAUAUUUAGCCAGAAAGCUUUUUGUUCAGCUGCUCUAUGAAAGAUUCAUCAAGGAGGAAGAAGAAAGAGAAGCAAAAAUGAGAGAGCAAGUGGAAGAAGGAGAAAUUCUGGUGGAAAACUAUCGCUUGAACCUUGAAAUGGAAGAAAAUACCUGUUUGCGCAAAAACCUCCGGCGAGGAAUUGAAUGUGAUGUUAUAACCAUCCAAAGAGCCUGGAGACAACAUAAGAAACAAUCUCAAGAUCAGAUCAUUGUCAGACAAGGGACCACAAACUCACACGACAUGCCAGGUUUUGAUGCGGCAUCACAACCGUUUUUUUCCACUCCAGACAUGGGAAGUUUACAUAUAAGGACAAACCCAUUUAUGAAGAGUGCAGACAAUGCUUCUUUUUGCGAUGACGAUAAUCUUUCGGAUGUUUUCAAUGACAGCCUUGAACAGGUAGAAGAGGAAAAUUUAAGAAAUACUCAAGAACAUGGACCUCAUAGACAUGUUUUAUAUGAUGGCAAUCACGUCUUGGAAAGAGACACAUUUAAUGAUGAACUACCUGGAAUGGAUUCUGUCAGCUCGCCAGCUGAGUUGCCAUCACCAACAACUGACUGGGAAUCAAUAGAAUCAUGUCUCACUUCAGAGGGUGAAACACAGGACUUCGAAAGCAGUGAGCUACCAGACACAUCCAAUGGAAGGCUAAAACACUUUUCCUUAAAACCAAAUGAUUUGCAAAUAUGCUUUGUUGACGAUACGCUCCUAAGUGACGUUGAAGGGGAUGAAGAUGGCUGUGUCAUAAAAGAGUAUAUUAUUGAAAAACAGGAUGUUUCAGAUGAAGAAAAACGAGAUUCGGGUUGCGUGGCAGGUGAUGAUGAGGCAUCGGAGUCCUUUAGUAUUAAAACAGUUAGACCAGAAACACUGGAAAGACAUGAAAUAUCUCAGGAGGAAUCUGAGAAAGUGUUGAUAGAACUGAGAAAGCAGGAAAGUGAAAAUGAAAAACAGGAAAAUUAUGCAAAUGUAAUGCUUGGAUGGACUGAAGAGAGGUUACAAGAACUAAACUUGGAAGAACUGCAAGCACUCCAGAAAAAUAUGAGUCAACUGAUUGAAGCUCAAAAUGAAGUGCUGGUAACUGAGUUAAUGAACAGAGAUGCUCUUCAUCUUAGACAAGAUUCUCUUCUCAUGGAUGUUGAGGAUGCUUCAAAUUCAAAGUGAUGAGUCUAUCUUGUUGACGCUUCUUCAAGGCACAACUUAUCAUCUUAAUCUAACAUAAAAAUUUAAAAAAUUAGACAAAUUUCAGUUUCUUAGGAGAUCAGUACCAAAUGUUAAUGAAUCUAUUUUAUCCUUGUUUACUUGGGGAUAUACAUUGAAACAUGUGCUUCACAAAUCUUAUCAUCUUACUUAUUAAAACGUAAACAACAAAUAGUAAUUUCUUAGUGCAACUUGUUGUUUUUCCAUUGCAUUACAAUGUAAUCAAGUGAUAGGCAACCUUUUCUAAUUAACUUGUGUGUGAGAAUGUUAUCAUUAGACCCUUAACCUCUACAAUUAACAGAGGAUAAUUGUGUUGUUUGGCUAACUCUUAACUUUGAAAGUAAGAACUUCAUAGAUUAUAUAUUAAAACCGAUUAUUAAAAAUUAUUUAUGAUUAACUUGUAUUCAUCUUAUCUCCAAGAUUUCUGCUAAACAAGAGGCUUAACCCUCCUUUUAAAACUGCUUUUAAACACUGUAUCUUUUACUUAAAGUAUCUUACAGAUGCUGCAACUUCUCAUUAGGUAAACAUGACUGAACAUUAAGAUGUAAAAUAAUUUGUUUUCUUUAUAGUCAGAUAACUGGGCAACAUUAUUUAUUAUUUCUUUUGUUUUUGUUUGUUUAUGUUAACAUUCUUUGAUUCUUCAUUUUUUUUAUUUCAAACAUCACUCACACCAGGAAACUGAAACAUCUUUGAACAAAGACUUUCUGAGUCUGGCUUCAUUGGGAUUACACUUCUGUGUUGUUCAGUAGGACGGAUUUCAUUAGCUACAAGAUCUGGCACAUUUUAUUUGUUGUUUUGCUUCACUUUUUUGUUGUUUACUUUUGUUUAUUUUGCACAGAACUGCACAGGCACAAUAUCAGAAGACACAGAAAGGCAAAAAGUGAUAGUUCUUCUCUGCACCCUAUAUUGCUCAUGAACAUUGUUAUUUUUUGUCCUGUUGAUAUUUUUGUGUUACUGAGAGUUGUUAGAGAUACACAAAUUAUUUCAAUUAUCAGUGGAGCAUGAAGUGAUUGUAUUUUAUUUUUAAUAAGUGAGGAAAAGGAAAAACUAGUUUAUUUUUAAGGCUGUUAUUCUUCCAAAUGAAAGUGCAAUUGUAAUACUAGUAAGCAAAUUGCUCUCCUAAACAUCUGAAUAGGAAUCCUAUGAAAACUGAAACAUUUUGACAGUUCUUACCCCAUGUGAUGGGUGUAGCUCAUCUCUUAGGAUUUCCUCAGUGGUUCUGUAUAUCUGCUGGGCUUGCCUUGUAAUAAUUAUCCUAGGAAAUUACAAUCAGUUUACAAAAGUCACUAAAUUGUUAAAUUUAUUAUUAAAAAUGGGUUUGAAAAUAGUUUAUUUUUGUAUCAUGUUUGUUAAUAUAGCUGAAGUUAAGGGUCAAAGAUGUCUGAAAAGAGAGAUGCGUAAAGCUGGUCACACAAUAAAUGCAAUAAUUAUGUUA